AUCGAUUGCUCGGCGCUCGGCGCGGUGGGUGGAGCGCCGAGGCGGUCGAUGGGACAGCUGACUCGCAGCCGCAGCACCGGCCAUUUCCCGCCGGCCUGGCCCGGCCCGGAGUGGAGUCCGGCUUCUCCUCCCGGGCACGAAGUCGCCUCUCCCGCAGGCAGAGACCAUGCCCCCGAAAUUCAAGCGGCACCUGAACGACGACGAGGUGACGGGCUCUGUGAAGAGCGAGCGGGUGAGUGCCGGCGCUGUGGGGCGGCCGGUCCUUCCGGUGCUGCUGGCCGUUACGGUCCGGAGCGGUGCCCGGGGUAGGCGCCCACGGAGGGCAGGUGGUUGUUAGCGCACCUUGGGGACCCUAAGGUCCCCGCACUGCCCCGUGCCGUUAGCCGCUGGGUCGGCCGGAGCAAGGUGAGCUGCGGCUCCCUUUGCCGAAGGGGCUGCUCUGUGUCCCGUGGCUACGGGGCCUAGAAGCCCGGGUCGCUGUCGAUAAUGACAUUUAGUUAGUGGGGGCACUGUCCGUGCAGCAAACCUCAUCUGUGUGUUUUAAAACAAACCUCACUUGGAGAUCCUGUCUUGGGAACCUGAUUCAGUUCCUUUAGGCUCUGAGAUCCUGGUGUGCCCCAGUUUCCUGCCUCUGCACAGUUAGGCCUGGGCAUCACAGCUCUCCCCUGCGUUACUGGCUGAAGGACUCUUGUGAAGUUACCCUGUGCUUUACAGGUCAUUAUUUUUUUUUCCCUAUCACCAAGUUCCCCUGAUGUUUCAGGCCUUGAAUACAGGUCAGAGUGGUGCAGCUGCCUGUUUUAGACGAAGUGGAUUGAACGUGAUAUGUUUGUUCUAGGGUCAUGCUGUGCUAAAACUGCGUUUAGACCAUAGUCUUAAAUGUUGUUAUGGUUCAUGACAGCCAUCGGCAAGAUGAGGAUCCUGUGUUGCCAAAGAGCAGUUUGCUCAGCCCUUGAGGGAGGCAGUGGCUGAAACUAUUUCGUUGUCUUGCUGUUUGCUUAAGUAGAUUAAGCAAAUGUGACAAGGCUGGAAAUGCAGGUGAGCUUUAAAAUAAGAGUACUGUGUUUCAGGUGGGAGCUGCAGUUUAUGCACAGAGGAAGCAGCUCUCGAUACCAUAAAGACAAUCCUGUGUGUUCCUAGGCCCACAUGCUUAGUGUGCCAUUCCCACUCUUGAUUUUUUU